GACUUCGCGCCGCAGCUGGCCCAGGUGGUGCCGCCCGCCGUCGAGGCGCUGCGCGCCGACGACGGCAGCGCCGCCGCCAGCACGAGCAGCCGCCAGCGCGGGGUGCGGACGGGCGUGCAGGAGGAGCGUGUCGCCGCCACGGAGGCGCUGGGAGCCUACGCCGCCGCCGUCGGCGCGCAGUUCGCGGCACACCUGCCAGCGGCGUUGCCAGCGCUCUGCGCGCAGGCGCAGCACGUCAGCCCGCAGGUGCGCGCGGCCGCCUCGGCGGCGCUCGCUCGCGUGGGCCGCCUGCUCGGCGCCGUGGCGGGGGGCCUCUCGGCCGGGGAUGCCGACAGGGCGGCCGCGGCGGCCAUGGCCCAGGCGGUGGCGAGGGCUGUUUGCACCACACUGGAGGAGCGCUUCUGCUCCGGCGCCGCCGCGGCCGUGCGCGGCGGCCUGCUGGCCAGGGAGGACCUCGUCGAGUGCCCCGCCUUCGCGGCGCUCGCGGGCCCCGAGGCCGUGGCGGCCCUCGCGGCCGCCGGCGCCGGGAGGUGUGCGGAGGACGUGGAGAGCUCGGACGACGAGGACGCUCUCGAGGAUGCCGAGGAUGGCCGGUAA